UUUCGCUGCCCGACAGCAUCCUCCUCAACAACCGCGGCUCGAAUGGUGUCUAUGGGAUCGACUGGAUAGUCGGAAGUUCAAGCUGCGCGUAAUGGAAACUCUUUUACGUAACUCUCAGGAGAAAGGAAAUGUUUCCCAUGGAGCAUUUUGGAUGCCCUGCAGCCUUAUGGAUCACUGCGUUCCCGUGUCUUCAAUUAAUCAGUCACAGUCUUCCUGCGUCGAGACGACAAACCAGAUUUGACGCGGAUCCACUGGGCUAAUUUAUGUACUGUCUCUGCAAGCGAUUACCAGGUGUGAUGUUUUCAAAUAUCUGCAUGGAUGGCGAUAAUGGAUCGGGAUCGGACACACAUCGCAUCGCUACGAGCUGCCGCAUUGACGCACCACCGGUCGUCCCCUGGCCAGUGUCCCAGGCUAGAAUAACGCGUCCGUGUUUGAGAGACUUUUUUUUUAAAAACCAACCGUCUUACGGAGUACUUGCAGAGGGGACCUUGGGAAGGCGACGGAGGAGACACUGGGCAACGGGACGGCCACCAGGGGUCUCACGUCCUCUCACUCGCUGGCGGUGUGACAAAAGACCAGCUAUCCCUCCAGUCGGCGUUUCGUGUUUCUUUUCUCAAGGCGUCCGUGGGCAAUCUGUCGAGUUACACUGCGUCUAAGAACCCUCGAGGUAGCCAGGGUGUUUGAGUUGACGAGGUCCGGUGCGAUGCUAAUUGCAUAUCCUGAUUGGAUACGGUGGUCUAGGGUCCCGGCUCCAGGAUAUGCUUGUGUGCAUGUGUGCGUGUGUGUGUGUGUGUGCGUCUGGAUCUAUCUGUGUACGAGGGAAGCUCUGGUCCAAGUUAAGAGUAAACUCGAACCAUGUUCCCACCUAAGCUCCAUGUUUCACCGUCCUCGAGCGCAGAAAGGCAGCCUGUGGCCACGGCCAUGCACCCUCUCUCUCUUUUGGUAUGGGGAGCCUGCCCCGUUCGCGACGACACGGCAACUCGGACAUGCAAAAGAAAUAGUUGACAGAA